GUGGCCACUCUGUCUAUAUGACCCUUCCAGUCCCAGGGCUCUGAAAAGAAGUGGUGAGUUCAAUGCCAUCUUCUACUGACUGGAUACAGAACUUUCAGCCAUGAAGGUAACAAGCAUCCUCCUCCUCUGUGCCUUGGCCCUGUUGGGGCUAUCUGGCAACACUAGAGCUGACUUGCUGGAAAGACAGGCUAAAUGUGACAGUGAAAUACCUGGAUGUACCAAGAUCUAUGCUCCUGUCUGUGGGACUGAUGGAAAAACUUAUUCUAAUGAAUGCUUGUUAUGUGUUGAAAAUAAGAAGCGCCAGAACCCUGUCCUCAUUAAAAAAUCUGGGCCUUGCUGAGAACCAAGGUGCUAAAAUCCCAUGUGGUCACCACAACGCCUAGCUGGCCUUACUGUUGAAUAAAAUGCAUCUAAAUACUU